GUCCAUUUCCACCCUCUCUCCGCAGUGAGCGCAUCAGGCAGAGCGUGGACAAGGCUAACAUGUACGCCUUGGAGUUCAGCAAGACCAUGAACCCUCUGGCCCAGGAGCUGGUGGACAAGCUGAACAGCAACGCCGAGAUGAUGCGACAGCAGAUCGUGCAGAACCUGCAGGACGUGAACAGCCGACUCUCCCCUUACACCCAGCAGCUGAACCAGAAGAUCACCGAUGGGCUGAGGAGCCUGCAGGACACCCUGAACGAGCAGGUGGACGGCGAGUCAGUCCGCCGCCAACUCUCUGCUGGGGUGGAUGAGCUCCAGGAGAUGGUUCAGCUCAGCAUGGAGACCUUCCAGGAGAACGUGGCCCCCUACUCCGAGGAGGUCCGCCUCAAGGUCAACCAGGGCUUCGAGCAAUUCCGCCAGGGCCUCAUCCCCUUCGUGGCUGAGCUCCAGGUCAAGAUUGUUCAGAAAGCCCAGGAGCUGAGGACGAACCUCGUCCCUUAUGCCGAGGAUCUGACCGGGACCCUCCAAGAAUAUGACCAGCAAGUGCGGGAGAAACUCAACACCCUGUGGGAAAACCUGGAGCAGGAUGUCUAACUCGGAUCAAUCCUCUCGGCACCUCGCGCACUCCUCAACUAUCUGCAGGUCAUGGGGCCCACUAUUUCUCUCUCACUCUCUCUCUGUAAGUGGGACUCUCUCUCUGCUUUGUAAAUUCUCUCCUAACUGACCCCUGUAGCCAUCUGCAAUAAAUCUGUCUUCUUGCGUCAUGAA